AUGCUGGAGGACCAGAAGCGUCAAGUCCACAAUCUGCGCCGGCAUCUCCAGGACAAACGGCGGAAAGAAAUACGCCGUGAUUUUAGUCGGAAACAGGCGGUGAUUGAGAUUGAAAGACAGCUGACCGGUGGGGCUGUCAGUGAUGAGCCUGCGCGCGAGCCCACCACCGAUUCAUUAGAAGACGAGUGGACACGGCGCAACAAAGCUGUUGCAGCUGGAAUACAAUAUUGCGGCUUCCAGGAGGGUGGGCCUCUUCGGGGACGAUGGAAGCGCUCUACAUCGUCUGACGAUGACGAUACAGUUCCCUCUCCGCCAGCUCGAAAGAUAAAACCUGAUACGCCGCCGACCACGUCGUGGGAGAAUGGACGUACCACUGGCCGGGAACAAACAUUCGCAUGCUUCCAAUGCCCCAAGACAUAUUCCGAAUAUAAUGGAGUGAAAAGGCAUUUUAGGACAUCCCUUUUGACGGACCGGACAUGUAAUUUUUGCGAUUUGUGCGUCCUGUACGAGAUGCACUUGCGGAGGCAUGCCCAAGAUGUCCAUGGCCUUCGAAAAUGA